AUGUGGCAAUCAAGGCGUGCCCGAAAUGAAAGGGAAAGAAAGAAGAGCAGGGAGUCACAAAGGCCACCGACGGCCCACAGGCUGGAUGAGGACACGCCAGUUACCCCUGCGGCCACUCAAGUGCUCCAGGAGGGCUCUGCCAGGCCCCAGCGCGCUCCCGGCCUGCCCGGGACAGGGCCUCGGGGCCUCCGCGCUGGGGCCGGGCAACGACCCGGGGGGCGAGGAGUGCGACAGCUCCACAAGGGGCCGGGGGUGGAGAACUCCCGCCGGGGCUGGCGGGGUCUCAGGCCGUCCCGGUCCCCUCAGGCCGGUCCCGGUCCCCUCAGGCCGAUCCCGGUCCCCUCAGGCCUGUCCGGUCCCCCCAGGCCGAUCCCGGUCCCCUCAGGCCGAUCCCUGUCCCCUCAGGCCGGUCCCGGUCCCCCCAGGCCGAUCCCGGUCCCCUCAGGCCGAUCCCUGUCCCCUCAGGCCGGUCCCGGUCCCCUCAGGCCGAUCCCUGUUCCCUCAGGCCGAUCCCGGUCCCCUCAGGCCGAUCCCUGUUCCCUCAGGCCGAUCCCGGUCCCCUCAGGCCGAUCCCUAUCCCCUCAGGCCUGUCCGGUCCCCUCAGGCCGGUCCCGGUCCCCCCAGGCCGAUCCCGGUCCCCUCAGGCCGGUCCCUGUUCCCUCAGGCCGGUCCCUGUCCCCUCAGGCCGGUCCCGGUCCCUCCCUCAGGCCCGUGCGGUCCCGCGGCCUCAGGCCCGGCUCGGCCGGGACUUCUUCCCGUCCCGUCUUCUCGCGAGAAAACGCGCUGUGGCGUCACGCACCGCCUCGCGCGCGCAAGACGCCGUAUCCUUCCGCGCGCUCCCCCUCCCCCUUCUGGAGAGUUCUGCACGGCGGCCGGCACGACAAAUAG